AUGCUCAAAGGAACACACUUCAAAUUGAUAUUGUUUUCGUUUCCAGGGCUGGAGACUAAACUCGCCCAACCCUAUGUUUCAUUAUCUAUCUAUGUUGUCAUUUCUAUCUAUCUAUCUAUUCAUCUAUCUAUUCAUCUAUCUAUCUAUCUAAUGUGUUCAUUAUCUAUCUAUCUAUCUAUCUAUCUAUCUAUCUAUCUAUCUCAUCUAUCUCAAUCUAUUCAUUAUCUAUCUAUCUAUCUCAAUCUAUUUCAUUAUUGUUCUAUCUAUCAAUCAAUCAAUCUAUCUAUCUAUCUAUCUAUCUAUCUCAAUGUGUUCAUUAUCUAUCUAUCUAUCUCAAUGUGUUCAUUAUCUAUCUAUCUAUCUAUCUAUCUAUCUAUCUAUCUCAAUGUGUUCAUUAUCUAUCUAUCUAUCUAUCUAUCUCAAUUUGUUCAUUAUCUAUCUAUCAGUCUAUCCCAAUGUGUUCAUUAUCUAUCUAUCUAUCUAUCUAUCUAUCUAUCUAUCUAUCUAUCUAUAUUUAUAGAAAAGAAAGACGGAAGCCAUGUCGCGUCGAUGAGAAAAGGUGACAAAAAUAAAAGUGUGUCUUUCCGUGAAUGGAAAUCAGAGAAAACAAUGGAUGAGUCCCGGCAAAGCAGGCAGCACUCCGAACCAAAGCUGCAUCCACGCCAUCGAAUGUUCUGCGUUUGGCAGGAUUGA